CAGUCGCCUCUAAGACCGCGACGUCGCGUUACUCUGGAGCCAGGAUCCUGACGCGGUGCGCCCGUAGCUCCAAGAAACUCGUUGGAAGACCCACCGAAUUCUUAAUUAGUAAACUCAAGACUCGAUCGAAGAAUUUGUCCCAGGAACUACGCCGCUAGUAAUAUUCAGUUGCAACUGUACUUGAAAAGUUUCGGUAUAAGCUUUGUUCGACAAGAGAAAAAAAUACGAACUCGCACUCUGCGGUGGGAAAUAUCGCUCCAAAUAAUCGAGGUUUCAAAAGUAUAUUUGAAAAAACGCGCGGAUCCGAUGACCGCGUAGCGUCUCGUUCUGUUCACGGAUCUGAGCGGUAAACAACAAGUGAAAUAGAACUUCCGGGCCGAAGGCGCGGCAAGAAUCGGGGACAGAGUUGAAACCGGAUGCGAACCACACGCCGACACAUUGGAAGGGAAAAUAUUGACAGCUGUCAACAAAUUUUUCACGACAUCCCCUUUGGUUAACAAAGUCAAACUUCUGAUGACGCGGCAAACCAGCGGAGUGGUCGGCGGCAGUGCGGGGGACGAAGUGGCGGGCGGACCAUCAAAAUUACCAAUGAUAUCGUCAUCGUCGAUGCAGAUCGCGUCGCCGGAGGAAACUUUGGACAGUUAUGCCCUACCACUGCCGCUUCCGGUUCCUGUGACGACGGUUCCGGGUAACGUGAGCUUCCCCACCUCGAACACACCGAGCACACCGUCGGGCGCAACAAGACUUCCGGCCAACCUCCUCUUCGCCCUACCCGCCACACCGCAACGUUCCGCCUCCGCCACCAAGAGCCACCAUGAAAAGGGGCCGAGGAGCACCAUCACCAAGGCACAAAUGAAAGAGUUCAGAGAGGCGUUCAGGCUAUUCGACAAGGACGGCGACGGCAGCAUCACCAAGGAAGAACUGGGACGAGUUAUGCGCUCCCUCGGGCAGUUCGCACGCGCCGAAGAACUUCAGACCAUGCUCCAGGAGAUUGACAUUGACGGAGACGGAAACGUAAGCUUUGAAGAAUUCGUAGAAAUCGUAAGCAACAUGGGAGGAACGAGUGCGGAAGAAGCGACGGAAGAUCAAGAGGAAAAGGAACUGCGCGACGCAUUUCGGGUGUUCGACAAACACAACCGCGGCUACAUCACCGCUUCGGACCUCAGAGCCGUUCUCCAGUGUCUCGGGGAGGAUCUGUCGGAGGAAGAAAUUGAAGAUAUGAUAAAGGAAGUGGACGUCGACGGAGACGGUCGCAUCGAUUUUUACGAAUUCGUCCAUGCGCUUGGCGAGCCGGGGAUUGACGAGGACGAAGAGGACGAGGAAGACGAGCCCCAGUCCCCAGCAGACUAAAUUCUACUGUAUCUUCCGCUUCGAUCUUCUUAGAUAGAAUAAAUUAAAUAUUUGCCGUCGAUAAAGAGCAUCUUUGUGCAGCACUGUGUCCGGAGGGGUCGCGAUCUUCAAUCUUCGACCUUCUGUGCGUGAAGAAAAUUAAAAGUUUUCGAAUUCCCCGAAAGUUGUUCAAUAUUUUAUUCUAACGGGGCCACAAGGGCAAUGGAUUUGGUUCAAAUAUUAUCUUUUGAUGAAAAGAGAAAAAAAAACUUCGGUUUUUUCCCUAGCAGGUAUAACGCGUCUUGAUUCGUUUUUCGGGGUUUUUGAUCAGUCAAUUUGUACGAAUGAACGAAUAUGAAAAAAGAAAAGGUGAGGAGAAACCAGGUAACAUCGAACGUGUUCCUAUUACUCGGCACCCCUACAAAGCACACGUGCAACUUUUCGACGGCAACAGAACCAUUAUCGAAAACCAGUCGAAUAUCAAGAUUGUAAAUGUACAUUCGAUUUCUGUACGGUCGCAGUUUAAACUUUUAACUGUUUCCAAUCUAACAAGAAAAAGUAAGAAAUGCGAUUCCAGAAGUCUUCCUUUUAUUAUACCUUCCUUCUUCGAGAUCUCCCAAUUUAAAAGUUGUCGUAUUUUUGUCCGGUUUUUGCUCAAUCUAGUGUGAAAGAAUUGCGACUGGUAUUCGAAAUUCGAAAUUCGAGAACAUAUUUUACAAGCAAUUAAACGAUUUUAAAAUUCAAACAUAUCCUAUUCUAUCUCGUUUACGUAAUCGGUAAUAAAUAUUAUUACGUAGGAAAAAUAUUCUUUACUCGUGCAACGUGAGCGUAAUUUUUUCGUUGACGCAGGAGUAUCAUAUUUCCACUGUGGAUCAAUCUUGUGAAUAUGAAACAUUUGACGACGAUGAUUUACAAAAAAAAAAAGUAAAAAAAUAAUCGAUAUCCCCAUUUCUAUAUCAUAAUGUCUACUAUAAUGUGGAGUGUCGUUUUUCAUGCUUGUUCAAAGAUACACAUUAUACAUUUCUAUAACGUUGUUGACAUUAUAAUAAU